GAUCGGCCUGGCUGGAGGGAAAUGGCACCUUCCCCCACACCUCGUGGCUUAGCCCCAGGCUGCCACCCAGCGCUGGGCAUGGCAACACGGAGGCCGUCUUCGAGUGUCGCAUAUUGCAGCCAGCGUCGGGACGGCAGGGACAGCAGCCGCUUCUGAUGUGCAUUGCCUAGUAGUGAUACAGCCGAGGCGUGGGAUUCCUCGCCUCGGCCCAGUCACUGAACCCGUGGUUAGCUCAUCGUAAAACACGGUCCUCUUGGCUGCUUCACAGCAGUGCUGGGAGGUGUAUAAAGUACUUGGAGAGUCUCAGAUUCAGCAUCCAUCUUGGAAAUGGUACCGACGUGGGCCCCGGCUGUUGGUUUCACACUCUUGCCCCAUACAGGAGGGUUUUUGGGAGGCAUGAUAACAAAGAGACACAUCCCUAUAUGGUAUGAAUCUCUUGAGAAGCCACCCUGGUGUCCACCUAACUGGAUGUUUGGCCCUGUCUGGGGAACUCUCUAUACAGCAAUGGGAUAUGGUUCUUACCUGGUAUGGAAGGAGUUGGGAGGUUUCAAUGAAGAGUCAAUGGUUCCACUUGGGCUGUAUGCAGGGCAGCUGGCAUUAAAUUGGGCAUGGACUCCCAUAUUCUUUGGAGCUCACAAAAUAGGAUGGGGGUUGGUCAAUCUCCUGCUCACUAGUGGUGCAGCAACAGCAACAACUGUCAUCUGGUACCAUGUCAACAAGAGAGCAGCAUAUUUGAUGUUCCCUUAUUUAGCUUGGUUAACUUUGGCUUCUGUGCUCAAUUACCGCGUCUGGAAGGACAAUAAAGACAAGAAGCAAUCUUAAUACAGAACCUUCUGGUAGAAAAUAUUAAGGCGGAAGAUUUUUUUAUGCAUUUCCUAAAUAAAAUUACAAUCCUGUUUUACUAUUGCUUGAAGUACUUACUGUAUUAGACAGUUAAAAAUAAGUCACGUCUAAAUACAGUCAGUGAUGUGACAUUCAAAUGCUGGCUUACUACACAAUCCGAAUGGAACGUGUGCAUGAGUGAAUUUAAUAGCACAGUCAAUGAAGUGGUUUAAUCUGCACCCUCUCCUAUUGCCCCUGCUCUUGAUUACAUAUAAAAAAAUAAUUUAAUGGAUAGCAUAUUUAAUUAUUACUGGCAAUUAAUGUGAAUUGGGGGCUGAUUAUGUCCAGAAAUGAAAGUCCAUUAAUGACUUUCAGCCUCUUGUUCUUCACAUUAAUUUACUCAGUAUGGGCAUGAUCGUUCAGCCUUAUACCACUUGGCAUAGUGCUUAUUCCCGUCAGCUGUUGUACUGACUUCAGUGUCUUGUCUUCAAAGCACUGUGCCUAGAAAAGUUUACAAUUAGGCCUUAUAUGGAGGAAGAAUUCCCAUACUUGUGCAUAUAAACUUCGAGAGCAUAGUAUAAUUUGCAGCCUGGACCAUUAUAGUUGAGAGGUAGGGGAAGGUUUCAAAUAUAUUAAACAAUAAGUAACUUACUAGUCUUGCACCAUAUUUUUUUUUAAAAGGGCUAAAGCCAAAAGGAUGCUGCAGCCUAGAAGAAAGCUGCCUCCCCUCUCCAUUUCCUUGCCACUGCAACUAGUGUAAUUUAGUUGGCUAAAAAAAAAAAAGACAACAGCAAAUCCAAAGCACAGUCAGGAACUGAUGACAACGCCCAAAGAGUAUAUCCAAUGAGCACAUGAAGGGGGAAGAAAGGGAAAAAAAAAAAAAAAAAAUCACAGAAAGAGGAAUUAGUGCCUUUAACUUGUUCUGCUUGGAACCGGGAUGCUUCGCUAGCAGAUUGCUAGUAUUCUCAUCUACUAGCAAAGCAAGCUGCCUCCCCUGGAGGGAUGUCUGGCUGCUGGUGCCCCUAAUCAAAUAUACAGGCAUCUUAUGACCAUCUUGCUAAAAUACUUACCUAAGUACCUGCUUAUCUGUUCCUCCUUUAGCUGCUUGGAGACAGGUACAAGAUGUUUCUGCCGCUUCAAGAUUAGUGUUGCAGCCUUAGACCAGAAGGCACAGAGUUGUAAAUGGCUGAACUAGAAACAGGAACUUUUUGUACACGGUACCUGGGACAGGAAGUUUUACCUUUCCUCUAUUGCUAGCACAUUACUACUUCUUUUACAACCAUGCUUCCCAGUCCCCACUUACACUAUUAGGAUUUAAACCUUCCUCUUUUAAACCUGCCCCAGAUCCUCGGCAAUUUCCAGGAGUGACUAAUUUUCACUUGCCUUGAAAUUGCCUCUCUCCUUUACUGCCAUGUUUCCUAGGUAUAUCAAGCAACUUUAAACUAAGCUUCUUAGAAAUCUGAAAUAUUAUGUGGUAGUGCUUGGCAGACAGUUCUUCAGAUUGAACAUUAGGAAGAUCUGCUUUAAAAAAAAAGUUCUAUGCAUAAUCAACCCUUUUCUACAUGAAGAUUGAAAGAUAACGGGUUAUAUUGCUUGCUUCCUUGAUAUCAGGGCAAGGCUAGAAGCUAUCUAUGAUUGCUGCAGAUUAAGACUGUUUAAAAUUGUAUCUUUGUACACUUUGCUUAAAAUCUGCAAUUGAUUAGUUUUUGUUACAAUUUUAUCAAAA